AUGCAGCAGCGUGCUGCCUAGAGUGUGGUCUGGGUGGUUGUUGCCGUAUUUAUUUUUUAAUACUUUUAUUCAAAACUUAGGUAAAAAAGGUACUUUCCCCCCAUAUAAAAAAUGAGCGUGUCAAUGCCACAGAAGCGUUACUACAGACAACGAGCCCAUUCCAAUCCCAUGGCUGAUCACACCUUUGACUAUCCGCUGUGCCCAGAAGAGAUGGACUGGUCUCAACUGUACCCGGAGUUUUUCAGUGGUCCUGGAAACGCCAGCGCAAAAGCAGGCGCUCGUGUGGAGUUUGCUGAUAUUGGAUGCGGUUACGGCGGACUUCUUGUGGAGCUCUCCCUGCUCUUCCCUAACCAGCUGAUUCUGGGUCUGGAAAUUCGAGUCAAGGUCUCAGAUUAUGUUCAAGACCGGAUCCGCUCGCUCCGUGUGGCAGAAUCCGGUCGGUACCAGAACAUCGCUUGUCUGCGGAGCAACGCUAUGAAGUACCUGCCGAACUACUUUGCUAAGGGACAGCUCAGUAAGAUGUUCUUCCUGUUCCCGGAUCCUCAUUUCAAAAAGACGAAGCACAAGUGGAGGAUCAUCAGUCCCACGCUGCUGGCCGAGUACGCUUACACGCUACGAGUCGGGGCUUUGGUGUACACCAUGACCGACGUGGAGGAGGUUCACCUGUGGAUGGUGAAGCACUUCAGUGAACACCCUCUCUUUACCAGGGUCACGGAGGAAGAGCUGGCCGAUGACAUCAUCGUGAGCCGGCUCGGCACGUGCACGGAGGAGGGCAAGAAGGUGCAGAGGAACGGCGGGAAGAAUCAUCUCGCCGUCUUCCGAAGGGUGGAAGACUAAACUGUGCCAUUUCAACUUCAGGAAGGUGGACUGUGGGGCUCCACUGGAAAGCGACAGGGGAGCCGUCAGGGACAGAGCAAAACCAAGGGGGGGCGGGGGGGGGACUUGUUCAGUUGUGUCCAGUCUUUUUAUACUGAGCUCCUGGUUGCAUGGAAGCAAAGGAUAUGUAGGUCAGUCCUGCACAUCGGUACCACAGCAGGCAAAGAUGACCCAGGAAUGUGCUGAGCACUCAUCUUAUGUUUAUUUAAUCUGUACGUUGGCCCCAAUUUUUUAUUUGAAAGAAGUUUUUAUUGUUUUUUUUCCCCUGCAGGCAAUGCAGGUCUUAAUUAACCUUAUAUCAACAUUUUACUGCUCCACCCGCCUUUCAUCUCCGGCACUCUGAGCGUUUAUGCAAAUCUCUGUUCUGACUUGACACCCAGUGAGCGGGAAGAGUUUUGGCUCGCUGCCUUGAAUGUUUCUGGCUGGAGCACGGCCACGGGGCUCACGGCGCGACGGGUGCGGGGCCGCGUCGCCUUGGCUCUGCCUGUGGGGGUGUCGGCUCGCCGUGCCUGGGCCACACCCCCUCUGUGUGGGCGGGGGCCAUUUCCGUCACUGUGCCAAUGGACAGCAGCACCAGCGGCGCGUGUUAAGUACUUAGGACUGCGACGCCAAUUCUCCAUUAUCCUCUCCCAGCAAAACCAUUAGAUUUUUUCCGUCAUUCUGGGCUCUUUAUGCAGGUUUCAGCAGGUUGUGCCUUUUGCUGCUGCAAUAUCAGUGCAGUUGCUUUUCAGUAUUAACAUUUUAAUUUUUGUUUUGGCGCGAUGCACUGAGGUACCAGAUCAUGGAAUAAUGCUAGUAAUAAUAUUACUAGAAAAUAGUGAGCCCCCCCCCCCCAAUAUAUUAAGCUUGAUAUGUACUGAAAAUGCAAUGCAGCCUUCAGGAUUUGGUUGGUUCAUUGUGGUUUUGUUUGUAUAUGAAUCAAUGCACUGCUGCAGACAUAGUGGCCGAUACAUUCCGGCCUUCUGAGUUGAAAGCGUCUCGCUGGCUGAAUUCUUCCACUGCAGACCUGAAUGAUCAUAGUCUGUCCCGGUAAAGGGUUUUGUUUAGCCUGCAGAAAUUGCAGACUGGGGCAAGACCACACAUGUAUCCAAAGAAGAAACAGAAGUCGAGAUAUUAGAGUGCUUUUGUUUUAAAAAUAUAUUAAAAUAAAAGGAUCAUUGUUUCAAAGCGUGAUUCGUCAGUCUACACAUUGUCUCAUUCUGUGUAAUUAGGGGUUAGGACUUGUUUUAUGUUAACGAGUAUUGACAGGUGAACGGAAGAGCCCGUUUCCCUUCCAUUGUCACGGUGCCUAAGAGUAAUAUUCCCCUUUUUUGGGGAUGGGUAUUGAAGCUUUGUGCGCCGAAUUGUCUUCAGAUGUGAGCACGCGGCUGAUCCUUUUCACUGAAAUGCAGUGUCAAAUCAGUAGGAGUUUUCUGUUCUGUUAGAGUGGGUUUUUAAAAACCAGCACCAAGCCAAAUGUGCUCACUAUACAAGCUGAUAGACGUCUAACAAAGGGCUUUUCGGAGGGAUGGCUUCACUUGAAACGAAUCUUGAUAUUAAAUACUAAGUGCCCUUUUUCUUUGUGUUUUUUUUUUUUUUCCCUCCAAAGGCUUUAACAGUAAUAGUGAUGAUGCACAUCGCAGUUCUGCACUGGGUGGUUCGCUUCGGUUGCACAUGUUCCUACUGUCUUGCCAGUAGCCCUUUCAGCAGAAAUAUUUUGCAUGCAUUAGUUACAGGAGAUGAUUGCAGUUGGUGCUGGAAAGGCAUCAAUCAUUGCGAUGAGUAACGAUUCCAAGGGCGGGGCCCCUGUCCUCAUGCGGGAUGGUAUCGCACAUCGCGUCCUAAUCGCCACCCUUUCCUUUCUGCUCGCUCCCUCCGAAACAAAUUCAUAGGUGCUUUAUAAAUCCAUAAAAGCUGUCAUUUUUUGAGCAUUUUAAUUUGACAAAUAACCCAAAUGAAUGUCAGUUAUGUGGCUUCUGUUUUCUUUAACAAUAACUUUUGGCCGUUUUAAUAUAUUUAUCGGCUUUGUAUUGUGAGUCAUCGUGUCAUGCGAUGAGCGGCAUACGUGCCAUCGUCAUCCGUUGGGUAUCGAGCUCUGUGACGUCAAACGGCAGCUUGCAGCGUCUUCUCCUUUCCCCUUGGGUUUCUCGGGAGUGUCACUGGAGCUCAUAUAAUCGACAGGUAGCACGGUACCUGCUACGGUACGGAGUCACAUCCCAGGGUGGGCCCCUGCUUGAACGUGAGACUGGACGGACCUCGGUGUGGUCAUUUCUGAUGUCCUUUUAGCCCUUGUGCACGCAGGGGUGUGUCUUGCAGAUGAUGGGCCAGUGCAGCCCAAGUCGCACGUACGUUCCUGUAAUGUGCCCGGCGCUUCCCAGAAUAUGGAAUAAUUUAUCAAGCAUGUGUGUUAUAUCACAGGGCUUGCUGUGUGAACCGCUGCCAACUGUAUACUCAAUCUAGAGCAGUUGCUGUAUCAGUGGGGGGGGAGUUUGCUACAUGAGCAUUUACUGCUUAAACCUCGUCUCCCAGUGUUGUCACUAGUUCUGUCAGCAGACAACAUGUAAAGCCCCGGAAUCUGAAUUCUCAAAAUUCCCUUUUACUCUGGAUUUGCAUGCAAGCAAAUUCCAUGAGACAGUUUCUGCAAAAAAUUACUGUUUGUACCCAAUUCUGAACAAAUCUACUCUAUAGCCCCUUAUGGUGACUCCUACCUAUCUCUUGCAAUGCUUUGUUUAUAUGACUCCUUAAUUAUUUUACCUGGGAUCCAGGUACCAGGUAUGUCAUCGUUCAACAUUUUUGAGCGGGGAAUCCUCGGCCUCCUGGAGCUGGUGAUGCAGGAGUGAUAUGGGAAGAUCGAAGGCUGCGAUGAACUUUCAGCCACAAUGUCUUUAUAGAGAUAUCUUUGCAUUUUUUUAAAAUCCGCUACACUAAUCAGUCAAGGUAUUUCUUCAGAUCAUCGGAUGGAUGGUGGUUGCUCACGUAGCCCGCAUUUUCUGAAAGUUGCAUCGGCAGUGGAACUCUGCUCUUACUGGCUUUACAGGCUUACAAAAAAAAAGUGAAUGUCAUGGUUUCUUUGUAUCGGCGAAUGAUUAAAAUUGCAACUGUGUUUUAUUUUCUGUUUAAAUGCGCCUCUAAGAACUAAUCAGUUCUUGCUUUAUUUGUUUUGGGUAUAAUCCUCCUGUCUGUUUGACUACUGGCCUGCUUGUCAUUCUGGUGCAUUGCCAGUGGAUUGGGGAGUUUGUUUUAUCCAUCCGUCUAUUCGUAUAUCCACCUGGUUUAAUAUAUUAAUUAGUCAAUUAGCUCGUUAAGUCCUUGGGAAAAGUAUGAGUCCCCACCCCGUGCCUGUCAGAAAAGACGUGGGCGAACCCUGAGUGCCCAUGAAGAGACGGGAGAUGGUCUUGCCGUUCAUCGCUAUUCAUAGCUCUGCCAAGUGGCCGGUCAUCUCACAGUUACACAGCUGACCAACGAUCACAAGAAUUUGCAGCGCUUUGCCAAACAUUACUCACUGAAAACACAGUGUACUCAAGCAAAAAGCCUUGUUUUUCUAUUGCUGUUUAUUUUUGCUUAUCAGAAAUGACAGGCCAACUGCUUCAUUAGCAUGCGAGUCCUCAGAGCCGUGAUGUAAGAAUCUGCUGCGUUGCCUCAGUGUGUUUUCUUAGAAUUUGUUUAUUAAACAGAACUGUAAGUUCCCCAAUCA